GGACACAGAGGAAAAAGAGGGAUUAACAACCCAAUACAAUUACAUUUCAUAAACAUGGAUUUUCCCUUAUUUCCAAGGCUUUUAUUCGUGGUCCUGUUAGUCAUGGUGGUUGGCAAUCAACAAAGUUCAUUGUCAGUAGUAGAUGGCCUAGCAUGCAAUUUGGGCACUCGCUCGUCGCAUCCCCUCCCAGGUGACAUUGUAGUGAAGCUGAUGAAGGACAAUGGGUUCAACAAAGUGAAACUCUUCGAGGCCGACCCUCCAAUCUUGAAGGCCCUUGGAAGAUCAGGCAUUCAGGUCAUGGUCGGGAUUCCUAACGACAUGUUAGCCGCCCUUGCUAGUAGCGUCCAGGCUGCCGAAAAUUGGGUAUCUCAAAACGUGUCCUCGUUUAUCUCAAAAAAUGGCGUCGACAUAAGGUAUGUGGCGGUAGGAAAUGAGCCAUUCUUGAAAACCUACAAAGAUAGAUUCGUGCAGACAUUGUUUCCAGCACUAAAGAAUGUCCAGGCGGCUCUGAUCAAAGCUGGUUUAGGGCGCCAGGUCAAGGUGACGGUCCCACUGAACGCUGACGUGUACGAUACGCCGACCGGCGUCCCAUCCGGCGGCAAUUUCCGGUCCGACAUACACCAGCUCAUGGUCUCAAUCGUCAAAUUCUUAAGCGACAACGGCGGUCCACUCACCAUUAACAUCUACCCUUUCCUGAGCCUAUACGCCGAUCCCCAUUUUCCGGUCGAUUACGCCUUCUUCAACGGCGCAGCUUCCCCGGUGGUCGACGGCUCCACUACUUACACCAAUGUCUUGGAUGCCAAUUACGACACGCUGGUAUGGGCUCUGGAGAAAAACGGGUUCGGGUCACUGCCCAUAAUCAUCGGGGAAGUUGGGUGGCCCACAGACGGCGAUAAAAACGCGAAUGUGGAGUACGCGCGGAAGUUUAAUCAGGGAUUAAUGGACCGUAUAAUUCAAGGCCGUGGAACGCCAAAACGGCCGACGUCACCGCCUGACGUGUAUCUAUUCGGGCUAAUUGACGAGGAUGAGAAGAGCAUUGACCCCGGAAACUUCGAGAGACACUGGGGAUUAUUCAACUACGACGGCACAAUCAAGUACCAGCUCAAUUUGGGGAACAACGGGAGCCUCACCCCCGCGAAAGGAGUCCGUUAUUUAGCCCGCCAAUGGUGCGUAAUGGCGCCGAACGCCAAUUUAAUGGACCGUAAUUUACCUCAGAGCAUCAAUUACGCGUGCAGCUACGCCGAUUGCACUAGCCUCGGCUACGGCUCCUCGUGCGGAACCCUAGACGCCCGCAGCAACGCCUCCUACGCCUUCAACAUGUACUAUCAGACAAUGAAUCAACAGAAAGGCGCCUGCGGCGAUCAGUUCCACAACUUGUCGGUCCUAACGAGGAUCGAUCCGUCGCCGCCGAUGUCGCCGCAGGGGCGGACGUGCCGAUUUGAGAUCAUGAUCGACGUCGGCACGCACGAGAAAAGGUCUCCUUAUCCCGGCACUUCCGCCGCCGCAACGAAGCAUUCUUUUUCAGUUCUCGCCGCCUUUCAAGCUGCGUUCACACUGGUGCUCAUCGCCACUGCACUUCCAUGAUCAUUCCUUUAUCCCGGCCGUAAUUUAUUUCAGCAAAUAUUUUUUUUUCUCGUCUGGUCCUCCAAAUAUCGAUAAUUUCUGAUUGAGCAUUAAAUUAGUUAUAAAUUGUUAAUUAAACCCCUUUCUAAUGGCUAUUGCCUAUUGCAUCCCUUCUAUAGUAGUAUUCCUCCUUUUGUGUUGA